AUGUCGCUCAGAGAAACCUACCGAAUUUUGCCGGCACCAACGGAGUACUUGGUAAUUUCACUCUGGAUUAUGAUUUUUUCCGGCCCCCUCCAGCAUAAAAUUCGUCUAAAUUGGUACUUUAGGAGUCAUUUUCUGUCCCGAAACCCCUGGCGGCUCGAAUCAACAAGACCUCUUUUCGCGUAACGUAUGUCGAAACCAACUCGCCGUUACUCAACCGAGCCUUUGUUGGUGAUCAACUGGUCGCCAUCGAUGGUCAGCCGAUCAAAACGGCCGACUUUUUGUCGAAAAAAUUGGCGGAGAAGAAGAAAACUGUGAUCGUUCAGUUCAAACACGCCUUCUUUUCGUAUUGCACGUUUCUGGGAGCGAGUGUGGAGAGGUUGCAGUUGGAUAAAGAGGUGUUCAAGACUACUGGCAGGGCCGUCAAUCUAUUUACCGUAGGUUUGCAGGGGAUUUGGGGGAAGAAAUUUUUUGAGGAGGAAUUAUUUUGGGAUUUUUUUUUGGUUGAAAGUACGAACCUAAAGUAAUAUAUUUUUGUUACGAUUCCGGUGACUUUUUGAAGUUCAGAGAUUGAAAAUUGUUUGUAAAUGAGCAGCAAAUAUCCUUAUCGUUCUCACAACUUAUUUCACCUCCUUUCAGAUCCACUUUUUCAUCCCCAAUAUCCCCAAAGAUUCGGAUGAUGAUAGAAAAUCGGAAAUCCUUAAAUUCGCAGUCCGUUAUGAUGCCCGCGAACGCGUGCAAGUAGCCCACUGUGACCCGAGUGGUAUAGGGGCAGUCCAUCUCCGAGCUGGUGAUAUUAUCAAGGACGUGAAUGAACAUCCCAUCUCCAGCAAGGCCAUGUUGAAGUUCUGGAUAAAUGAUGCUGUUACGAAAGGAGAGUCGGUCCAACUGAAUAUUGAACGGCUGGUCAGCGGAGAUGAUGCCAUCAGAGAUCUUGUUGAUACCUCGCAAGACGUGAUGGACAUUGCGCAGAAACAGGUGAGCAGAUUUUAUUAGACUAGGCGUGUACAAUAUAAAUUAGUCUGUAAGUUGAUUAGUUAGAUGUCGGACUGAUGUGAAUGUUGGAAGACAAGUAACUUUGUGAUGAUACCUUACUGCAAUUAAAUUUCAGAUCAACGCGAUCAAAAACAAAACCGUGAAAGCCGCUCCAAAAGUUUUGUCCAAAAGAGGGGCGCCCAGGAAAAACUCGACCUUGACAUUGGCCGAGCAGCAUACCGAGUACGAUAUCCACGCGGAUCAUGACCCCACCAAGCUGAAACCUUGCAAAGGAGCCAAGCAGUAG